GCGAGCGGGCGGGCGGGCGGAGCCAACAAAGCAGCGGCGACUCGGGAGGCCCAGACCCGGGACGCGAGGAGGGAGCGACCCGCCGGGCCUUUGUCUCGGGAGGGGCCGGAGCGGCAGCGGCCGCGGGGCGCCCAGAGCGCAGAAUGCGGCGCCCCGCGGGGCUGAUCGGGGAGCGCUGCGGCGGCGGGCGGCUUGGGACCUGGCCCGGGACCCGUGGACACUUGAGUGUGUGAAGGGGAACCCGGAGCGCUGUCCGGCGCCCCCCCAGGGGCCGCACGUGGGCUGGAGCGGCGGCCCGCUAGGAGCCCGAGGAGGAGGAAGAGGAGGGGACGCGCCGCGGCGCAGCCGGGACCCGGGCCGCCAGCGCGAAGCCCCGCCCCGGCCGCCGAGCCCCGCGCGGGCAGGCGGGAUGCCCAGCGGUCGCCGCACUUCGGCUCGCUAGCUGCCCUGAGCGGGCGGGCCCAGGGGCCGCGGCGGGCGCCAUGGAGCAGUGGCGGCAAUGUGGUCGCUGGCUCAUCGACUGCAAGGUCCUGCCGCCCAACCACCGCGUCGUGUGGCCCUCGGCCGUGGUCUUUGACCUGGCGCAGGCGCUGCGGGACGGAGUCCUCCUGUGCCAGCUGCUGCACAACCUCUCCCCCGGCUCCAUAGACCUCAAGGACAUCAAUUUCCGGCCGCAGAUGUCCCAGUUCCUGUGUUUGAAGAACAUACGCACCUUCCUUAAAGUCUGCCAUGACAAGUUUGGGCUGAGAAACAGCGAGCUGUUUGACCCUUUUGACCUCUUCGAUGUCCGAGACUUCGGAAAGGUCAUCUCUGCGGUGUCCAGACUGUCCCUGCACAGUGCAGCACAGAACAAGGGCAUCAGACCUUUUCCCUCAGAGGAGACCACGGAGAAUGACGAUGACGUCUACCGCAGCCUGGAGGAGCUGGCUGACGAGCAUGACCUGGGGGAGGACAUCUAUGACUGCGUCCCGUGCGAGGACGGAGGGGACGACGUCUACGAGGACAUUAUCAAGGUGGAGGUACAGCAGCCCAUGAUCAGGUACAUGCAGAAGAUGGGCAUGACUGAGGAUGACAAGAGGAACUGCUGCUUGUUGGAGAUCCAGGAGACGGAGGCCAAGUACUACCGGACCCUGGAGGACAUCGAGAAGAACUACAUGAGCCCCCUGCGGCUGGUGCUGAGCCCAGCAGACAUGGCGGCUGUCUUCAUCAACCUGGAGGACCUGAUCAGGGUGCAUCACAGCUUCCUGAGGGCCAUUGACGUGUCCAUGAUGGCAGGGGGCAGUGCGUUGGCUAAGGUCUUCCUUGAUUUCAAGGAAAGACUCCUGAUCUACGGCGAGUACUGCAGCCACAUGGAGCAUGCCCAGAACACACUGGCCCAGCUGCUGGCCAGCCGGGAGGACUUCAGAUUGAAGGUCGAGGAGUGCACGCUGAAGGUCCAGGAUGGGAAGUUCAAGCUGCAAGACCUGCUCGUGGUGCCCAUGCAGCGCGUGCUAAAGUACCACCUCCUCCUGAAGGAACUUCUGAGCCAUUCUACUGACCGUCCCGAGAGGCAGCAGCUCAAAGAAGCGCUGGAAGCCAUGCAGGACUUGGCGAUGUACAUCAACGAAGUGAAACGGGACAAGGAGACUUUGAAGAAGAUCAGUGAAUUCCAGAGUUCCAUAGAGAAUUUGCAAGUGAAACUGGAGGAAUUUGGGAGGCCGAAGAUCGAUGGGGAACUGAAAGUCCGGUCCAUAGUCAAUCACACCAAGCAAGAUAGGUACUUGUUCCUGUUUGACAAGGUGGUCAUCGUCUGCAAGAGGAGGGGCUACAGCUACGAGCUCAAGGAGAUCAUCGAGCUGCUCUUCCAUAAGAUGACUGACGACCCCAUGAAUAACAAGGACAUCAAGAAGUCUCACGGGAAAAUGUGGUCCUAUGGCUUCUACCUAAUCCACCUCCAAGGAAAGCAGGGCUUCCAGUUUUUCUGCAAGACGGAGGACAUGAAGAGGAAGUGGAUGGAACAGUUUGAGAUGGCCAUGUCAAACAUCAAGCCAGACAAAGCCAACGCCAACCACCACAGCUUCCAGAUGUACACGUUUGAUAGGACCACCAACUGCAAAGCCUGCAAAAUGUUCCUCAGGGGCACCUUCUACCAGGGUUACCUGUGCACCAAGUGUGGCGUCGGGGCGCACAAGGAGUGCCUGGAGGUGACGCCUCCCUGCAAGAUCAGUUCUCCGGCAGACCUGGACGCCUCUGGAGCAGGACCAGGUCCCAAGAUGGUGGCCGUGCAGAAUUACCAUGGCAACCCAGCUCCUCCUGGAAAGCCUGUGCUGACCUUCCAGACAGGCGACGUGAUUGAGCUGCUGAGAGGAGACCCUGAGUCUCAGUGGUGGGAGGGUCGGCUGGUGCAAGCCAGGAAAUCAGGGUAUUUUCCCAGCUCAUCUGUGAAGCCCUGUCCUGUAGAUGGAAGGCCACCCAUCAGCCGGCUGCCAUCCCGGGAGAUUGACUACACAGCGUACCCCUGGUUUGCUGGCAGCAUGGAGAGGCAGCAGACGGACAACCUGCUCAAGUCCCACGUCAGUGGCACCUACCUGAUCCGGGAGCGGCCUGCUGAGGCUGAGCGCUUUGCUAUCAGCAUCAAGUUCAAUGACGAAGUGAAGCACAUCAAGGUCGUGGAGAAGGACAACUGGAUCCACAUCACAGAAGCCAAGAAAUUCGACAGCCUCUUGGACCUAGUGGAGUAUUACCAGUGCCACUCACUCAAGGAGAGCUUCAAGCAGCUGGACACCACCCUCAAGUACCCCUACAAGUCCCGGGAGCGCACUGCCUCCAGGGCCUCCAGCCGGUCCCCAGUGUUUACACCUCGGGUCAUCGGCACAGCUGUGGCCAGGUACAACUUUGCUGCCCGGGACAUGCGGGAGCUCUCACUGCGGGAAGGCGACGUGGUGAGGAUCUACAGCCGUGUCGGCGGGGACCAGGGCUGGUGGAAGGGCGAGACCAGUGGACGGAUCGGCUGGUUUCCAUCAACGUAUGUGGAGGAGGAGGGUAUCCAGUGACUGCAGGGACACAGGAGACUUGCCGAUUUCCUCAGGAGAGUUGCUCCAGCUUCAAAGUCUGUCUGUAGCUCCUCCAUGACUCAGGGGGGAUAUGCUCACCAGCUGUCAGCGGCCUGCAGGGAUGGGGAGGGCAUUCCAAGUCCUAAACACGAACCGUUUCAUCGUUAGCCUGCCGCUGGGUACGCUACUUGUACAUAGAGGAAAUCCAGGCUGCCCCCAGCAGGGCACAAGGAGAGGGUGGCCCGCCAUGCUCUGAGCCUGGCUUGGGGUGCUGGCUGAGGCCAUAAGCUCAUUGCUUGCCGCCGUCUGGCUGAGUUGGCGUUCAGGAGCCUUAGUCCAGACAAGAGAUCUGUCCCCAGGAGGGCUGAGGACAGCAGAGGGGACCAGUCCAAGCCCUUCUGCUGAGCCUCUGCACUCAGCCUGCCUGUUUUUCCUGCUGCUCCCAGGGGGAGGCUUUAGGCCUUGAGAGGCAAAUGGGACCAGAGCUCGACUGUGCCCAGCCGCGCUGUGCUUGGCAUGGAGAAGGGAGCCUUGCAUAGGGGCCUUGCAGUUCUCAGGCUCCCGGGGCUUGCCCUGACUUCCUCACUUCCCUCCAUACUGGGGCGUGCAGAGACCCCAGGGCAGACCCCCCUCAGGAGGGCAUUGCUGCAACUGCUCCCUGGUCAAUGGUACUGUUGUCUGCCCUUGCUCCAGAAGGCCCUGCCCUGGGUGCCCUGCCCCGUGGCUAGGCAGAUACAUCUUCUGCAGACCCAGAAAUGGGUAGGAACGAAAAUAAGGAUCUCCCCUCACGAGCCCCCUGCCACUCACAGGCCCAUCUGAGUCCCCUCACCCUGAAGAGGGGUCUCUGAGGGUCUGCCCAGCCUUUGCAUGAGACAUCGGUUCUGGUUUGGCAGGGCUGCUGUCGGGCUCCUGCAGCCCAUGCUGGGCCUGUGGCCAACCCAAAAUAAGUGCUCUUGGGGGUACUCCCCCAUCCUGACAACUCCUGGCCUUUGACCUCUGGCUAGUUUAGCCAGACCCUAUUUUCUUUACCCUGAUGUUGCAUGAGACCUAGCAACACCCUCCCAGCAGCAAAACUCCUCGUGAGACCAGGCUUUCCUGGGCCCUCUCCCCCUUCAGUCACCUGCACAGCCUUGGAGGAGGGAACCACACUGAGGCGGGGUAUUGGGGGGCUGGUACCUUUGGAGGGUGGGGCCUAGGCACCACACAGCACCCCGAGGCUCUUUCCGAGUUCAGCCUUGUAGACUUCUGGUACCCUGGGGCCUGGGAACAAGGUAGAGGGUCAGGAGGAUGGGUGUCACUGGGGGAGGAGACACCCUGCAAGGGUUGGAGAGGUGGGGGAACCUGAGGCAGAGGGUGGGGAGCGGGGCUUUGGCCUCAGAGAGCGCAUGCCCAGGCUUGUGUGUCGGUCGCACGGAGCACUUUGCGAGGGACCCUCGGCCCUGCCACUAUGAGCCCAGGAUGGCCAGGGGGAGCCAGUCAGCCCCCUUAUGUGUUUACUGCCAGAAAGUUCUUGUGUGUUGGUUUUGGAGUUUUUGUUUCAUUGUGUUUUUGUUUGGCUUGUUUGUUUUCUGAGGGGAAAAAAAGAUUUGUAAUUAUUUCACCCAAAUCUCCAGUGAUGGACCUGUGAAUGAUAAGAAAGAGAUUUUAUAAUAGCAAGAAAAUGAUGUAUAUUUUAGUUUUUCAAGAAACAAAUCAUCAUGAUAAAGAAGGACACUGGGAAGAAAUAAUUUUGAACCCUGGACUUUGUGAAUUUUUUGUUUUGUGUUUGUUUCAGAAUCUGUACUUGGUUUGGUUUUGUUUGCAUUGCACUAAGCAGGAUGUUGGCGGGCCGGGGGCAGGCGGGGUGCACGGGGCUGAGGAGCCUGGUGCAUGUGGGUCAGGCCCCACAGCUGGUGGCAACCCCAAAUGGAACACAGACUGGACACUUCCUGGUGGGUUUUUUCAGACCAGUUUUUACUGCAAAUAAACCUAAGUUCUUUUCUGCAGGAGUGGUCAGCUUUUGGCGCGGGCGGAGGAGGGAGUGUCUGGACUCCUUUGCCUGAGUCCAUUAGGGCCUGGUGCUGUGCCCCAGGGUGGCCCAGCCUUGGCAGAGGCCAUGUAUCAGAAGGAGAUAAUGGUGUUGGGGCUGACACAGCCCCAGGCUUCCCGAGCAGCAUCCUGCAGACCCCUCCAGGGGCCUCAGAGGCACCAAAUGGGAUUCAGACCCCACCUCACCUUGGGCAUGUCCAUCAUCCCCUGAGCCUCUGUUUCUCUGUGUGUGUGUGUUGGAGAUAAAAACAGUACUCCCUCCGUCAGGGUGGGUUCUGUGGUACGUGAUAGAGGAAACAAAGUAGAGAGAGAUGCAUUCCUCCCCUGCUCCAGAGAAGCAGUCCGGGUGGUUCUCCUUGCCCACCUAAUCCCUGCAUCGGGACCUGCUCCUCCCUCCCUGUCUCCCGUCCUCAGCAGGAGCUUCACUAAUGGCCACCUUAUGGUACAAGGUGAUUCCCAGAGUACCUGCCUCGAGGCCAUGGAGAGUGCAGAGGCCCCUUACAGCGCCGGGCAGCAUUUGGUCACAUGGCCAUUCCUGGCUGCAGUGGACACUGGGAAUGCAAGGUCUGAGCUGGGCCCAUGUGCUGGAGAGGACACAGGGGAGUGUGGCCACUGGGGUGACUAGCAGCACCCUGAGGGGCUGACCUCAUGGAGCACUGUGAGGACCAAGUGAGACUUGGCUGGUGCUGGGCAAGUGUCAGUGUUAGUUACAAACAAGGAGGUGAGCCUAAUGUGGGAGGUGGUAGGGACUGCCCCACUGGAGUCAGCCCCAGAGCCUGGCUCAGGCUGCCACUUGGUGCCUGGGCCCCACCUGCUGAGGGUGACCCCUGCAGAGGGUCCAGGAAGCCUCCUUACUCCAGCACCAGUUUCCUCAGGAGCCAGCCUCCAGCCUGGGUUCUGGGGUCCACCCAUGGAGGUCAGGGAAUGGACUAGAUGCUUGCUGACCUGCCCCUGGGCAGGCAUUUCUAGCUGCUGAGAAGGUCCCAGGCCAAGCAGCAGAGAGCUGUGGGGACUUUCCGGGGACUUGGAGCCCAGGGCUGGGGCUGGAGGUAGAGGCAUCAGCAACUAGGUCCAGACUCAGAUUGGGGAGCCUCGGGCACAGGUCCAGCAGAGAAGAGGUGGCUGGAAACCCGGGCCUCACUAUCUUUUCUAGGUCCCCGGCUCUCCUGAUCCCUGGACAGUGCCCUCAGCCCUGACACUGGACAGCUGGUUGAGCCAAGAGCUCCUGUUUGCUGAGAACUGGCUGCCCUCGAGGCCACAGAGGGCACCAAGGCACAGGCCCUUGAUUCUGAUAACCGUGGACUCCCUAGGGGCAGGAGCUGGCACAGCUGAGAUUUAGAGAUACUCCUGGGAUGAAGGGUGGAAACUGAGCCAUAGACAUAUUAGUAACUUAUCCAGGCUCACACAUGACCUCCGCUCAGCUGGGCCUGACUCAAAGCCUCCGUACUUGUUUGGGCUACAGCACAUUCCUUAGCAAUGGCUUGUCUGUUUCCUGCCAGCCCCCAUCUCUCCUGCAGACAGGACCUCUGCCUGGGCUUCUCCCAUUUGGACUGCCAGGAGGGAGUCCUGGUGGGCUAGGGAGGAGUGGGUGAAGAUGCCCUUCUCCAGGAGCCUGUAGGUCUCCUGACGGUCAGGCUGGACUGUGCUCAGCGCACAGGAGGCCACCCCCACUCCCUGGGCAUGGGCGAGCAAGGCCCCUGGAGGGACCCCUUCCCAAAGGCUAUCCCCUCCUGUCACUCAGCCCUUCCUGUUGCACCCAGAGAUGUAGGGGUAGCCCUGGACAGUGGGUCAUGGACACUGGUGGCCAGAAGACUGAGUUGGGGAGUAACAGUAGAGCCUGCUAGUUCAAGCCCCUGUGUCCUGAGUGGAAGCAAUGUGGUGUCCACGUGUGGGCUGGCUGCAUCCCCAAGGUGUGGGCUGGCUGCGUCACCCUGGUGAGGGCUGGCUGCGUACCCCGGGUGUAGGCUGGCUGCGUCCCCUGAUGUGGGCUGGCUGCGUCCCCUGGGUGUGGGCCGGCUGCAUCCCCUGGGUGUGAGCUGGCUGCAUCCCCUGGUGUGGGCUGGCUGCUUCCCCCAGGUGUGGGCUGGCUGCUGCAUGCACAUCUGUCCCUCAUGAAGGUCCAGUGCUGCAAUUGCUCAGAUGGGAAAGCUGAGCCACUCGGGAGGUGGAAAGGCUGGGACUAGAGGCAGAGUCAGCGAGGGCCCCCCUUCUUGGAGGAGGGGGCUGAAAGGCCCGAACCCAGCCUGGCCCCCCAUUCUCUGAGAACCAGCUGGAGUGAGUUUCUCAGACUUGCUAUUGAGAAUCAGGUUAGAAUGAGUUCUCAGGGAUGUCUCCCACUGCUCACUGCCCCAGAGACAGUGUGUGUCCACUGUGGGCCUCUGGUGCCCUGGGAAAUCUGUGGGAACCCAAGAGGAGAAAUCUCUGCCCCGGGAAGCCUGUAUUCUAGUGGGGAGGGGGACUAGGCUUUCCCUCCCUCCCCCUCUUUCCCCGCCCCCCACCCACCCUGGGACAUGUUGCAAUUUCCUGUAAGAUUAAUACAUUUCCUGCUUGACCAGUUUGAAUGUUUUAUCUAUUAACUAUUGCAGAAAAUGCAGUUUUUAUGCUUGUGGUCAUUCUCUCAUUUACCCAAUCCAUUUUUAUUGAUCCCUUACCUGAGAUUGACAGUGGACACGACCAGAAAGUCUCCCUGGUUUCCAGCUGCAGGUUAGGCAGAACCUGUGGGGAUGCCCCACCCCUCCACUGCCAGCAAGAAAUACCAAAAAACAUGGACAAAAUGCACUGCUGGGCUCUAAAGAAGGGCACAUUCCAGAAAAAGAGAAGAAUCCAAGCCAGAUGUCGGGAGCUAACCUCAGGGCAGUUUAGGGUCUCAGACCCUCUGGUUCUGAGACACCCACACUCUUCUUGGCCUCUAGGGCCAACUAAAUAAAGCUGAUGUCUGACAGCCCCUCGUGUGGGGGAGCUGACUCUGACACCCAUGGAUGGUUCGGGGUGAGGGUCUGCUGAAUAAAACUAAAGUCAUGGGGCAUGACAGGACUUUUAAAGAAUUUUUUUUUAAGUUUCCAGAAAGAAAGUGAAGAAAUGGCACAUUAUACCUCAGGCCAAGUGGAUACAGAAUGAGUUCAAAAGUACAGAAAAAAAACAUGUGCUGGGCAUCCAAGCAAAAGGUCACAUUUGUUAUAACGAGAGAAAACUCAGGUUUGCCUUAGUGAGUCAAUGCUAGCAGACAAGGUCCCGGCAGAGAGAGCCACCCUGGGAUCACAGGCUCAAACAGUAUCCCCAGCAUCAGGCAACCAGCAUGUGAGUUCAGCAUGUGAAAGUUCAGGGACUGUUGCUCACGGCGUUGUGUCCUAGAGAAAGGACUCGGGGCAAAUCAUAGGCAGGCAAGUGAGAAGCCACCUCCAAACCUUGGAGUGAACAUGGAACCUUUAUCUCUGUGAGGACAAAUCACAGACAAGGGUGGAGAUUUGGUUACAGAACAUAAUACAACUAUGAUAAGCCCCGGCAAAGGAAGGAACUAAUGUAGAAAAAGCGUGGUGAAUCCUAGCAGUGGCAGGUGGUUGGCACCCACUCUCCCACACCAGAAGCAGGGCUCAGUCUCCCUCAACAUGCUGGAUCAUGCAACCACCUCCUGGUGGCUACUUCCCUGUGGGACAGCUGGUACAGUUUGCUGGACUGGCCCCCAUACUCCCUGUGGACUGCCCAGACAGGCCACAGAGACCCCUCUCAGCUCAGCCAAUGAGGCUGCAGACUUCAUGCCUGUUGGCCCCGAGGCCACUGACAAGAGCUCCUCUAGGAAGGCUGCUUAGAUGACAGCUGCCUGGUAGAGACUUUGGUCUCUGGGCCCACCCCCACCCACUGACUGAGCACGAGUCCCGUCCCACUCUGCCUUCCCUCUGCCUUCUAAGGAGCACCACUUCUGUUGUCACCUGUUUUCUGCUGAGCCACUUGUGUGUCUCACCUGACUGGUACCCCAAACCCAACUCUCCUGGAGAGGAAAGAGGACAGGUGUGCCGGUUCCCUCAUCUUUGCUGGGUAGAAGUCAAGAAGUGACUUCUGAUAAACCAAGUGACAGAGGUGUGAGUAUAUUUAGUGACACACUAAGCAGCAUAGUGUGAUGGAUGAAAGCUGGAUAGAGGUGAGAAAAAGGAGGGCUGGGGAAGAAAAAGUAACUCACUCUCAUCACAGCUCUCCAUUUGGAGUCUCAGGAACCCUGGGAAGAAGAGGCCUGACUCCUGCUUCCAGCUGCAUGCGGGUGUAUUGAUUCCCCAAGUUACCAAAAAUGGGUCAUCUCAUAGUCCUGUGGGUUACAGAAAUCCAGCCCAGGUCUCACUGAGCUGAAACGGAGGUGUCAGCAGAGCUGUGUUCCUUUAUUUCCUUGCCUUUCCUCCUAGAAACCACCACAACCAUGGCAUCAUGGACCCCUUGCCCCAUCUUCAAAACCCUCGAAGUUUUCUCUCUGACCCUUCUUCCAAAGUCACCUCUCUCUCCCUCAGCCACAGCUGCUUCUCUGUACUCACCUGAUUUAGUUUGUCCCGCCCAGAUCAUCCAGGAUAGUUUCCUAUCUCUAGGUCCUCAAUCCCAAUCACAUCUGCACAGUCCCUUUUGCAGUGCAAAGCAGCCCAUUCACAUGGCCCAGAGGGAAGGAUGUGGGUGUCAUCAAUAGGAGGUUAUACAUCCUGACCACCCCUUCUGGUAAAAACAACAAAAACACUGAGAAAAUAUUUCUAGUUCCAUCUGGAAGCUGGUGAUAAAGAAGCAACACAGAUUAAACGUCAGUAACUGUGAAGCAGAGCCCAGAGAGGUGGGCUGGCUUUCUCCCUAUGGGUGUUUGCUCAGCUGGGUGAGCUUGGGGGCCCAUAUUUACAGCCUGGCCAAGGGUAGGGGAGUGGAGGUGACACCUAGGGCCUGCCUAGGGUGAGCCUACUCGAAGCUGUGGGCCUCACCUUGAAUGUUGGUAUGAUUAUAAAUCUGUCCCUGACCUUCACACACCACUACCACCACCAAAGGGCAGCAAAGAGAAUUCUCUUUCUUAUAACUUGAUGGUGGAAAGAAAAAAAAGAAACUUUUUGAGAAUACGUGUCAUGGAUCGAAUUGUGUCUACCAAAAGUGAUACCUUGGUUCAGUGCCCAUAGUUCAGUGGUUAGGGCACUAGCCACAUGCACCAGGGCUGGCGGGUUGUAACCCGGCCCGGGCCUGCUAAACAACAACAACAAAAUAGCCGGGCAUUGUGAAAGGCACCUGUAGUCCCAGCUACUUGGGAGGCUGAGGCAAGAGAAUCGCUUAAGCCUAAGAGUUUGAGGUUGCUGUGAGCUGUGACGCCACAGCACUCUACCAAGGGUAAAAAGAGACUGUCUUAAAAAAAAAGUGAUAUCUUGAAGUAGCCCUCAGUACCUGUGAAAGUGACCGUAUUUGGAAAUAGGGUCUUUGCAAGUGUAGUAGUUAAGAUGAGGUCACUAGGGUGGACCUUAACCCAAUAUUGCUGGGUCCUUCUGAGAAGUGGGAAUUUGACACAGAGACAAGCAUGCACCUGGGAGGACACACCACGUGACAAUGCAGACAGAUCAGGUGAUGCAUCUAUAAGGCAAGGUACACCAGAUGCUGCCAGCUGCCACCAGACACCAGGGGAGAGGCCUGGGACAAAUUCUCUCUACAGCCUACAGAACUGUAAGACAACAAAUUGUACUUCAAGCCACCCAGUGUGUGGUACUUGUUCAUAGUAGCCCUAGAAACUGUGGCUCACGCCUGUCAUCCCAGCACUGUGGGAGGCUGAGGCGGGAGGAUUGCUUGAGCUCAGGAGUUCGAGGCUUGUGUGAACGAGAGUGAGACCCCAACUCGUGAAAAAAAUGGAAAAACCCAGUGGGGCGCAGCGGCGAGCGCCCGUAAUCCCAGCGGCCCCGGAGGCUGAGGCAGCAGGGUGCCCACAGCCAGAGUCCAAGGUUGCGGUGAGCUCUGACGCCACUGCCCUCUGCUCAGGGCAUAGGGUAGAACUCUGCCUCAACAACAACAACAAAAAGAACUGUAACAAAUGCAUGAUACUAAUUUGACACUUAAGAAGUUUGCAGCUGGAAUUUAUACUUCCUAAGGGUCUGUAGAAUGUGGGGCUGAGAGUUUAAAGUAGAGUUCUUGUUUGUUGGUACUCCUGAGUGCCUAGAAAAAAGAAAUCCAGGCCAGGCGUGGUGACUUACGCCUGUAACCCAGCAUUCUGUGAGGCCAAGGCAGGAGGAUUGCCUGAGUUCAGGAGUUUGAGACCAGCCUGAGCAAGAGUAAAUUUAGCCAGACCUUGUGAUGAGCAGCUGUCGUCCAGCUCCUCAGGAGGCUGAGGCAGGAGGAUCACUUGAGCCCAGGAGUUGGAGGCUGCAGUGAGCUAUGAUGACACCACCAAAGUCCAUAUUGGGUGACAGAGUGAGACCCUAUCUCAAAAAAAUAAAAUUUAAAAAAUAAUGACAUGAUAGAACAGUCCCAAUUAUGGAGAGGGAAAAGAAUAUCCGUAUCUAUUAGGCCCAAAUAACCCCAACUAGAUUAAAUAUAAAGAAAUCUUGAUCCAGCAAUCUCACAAUGGGCUGUAUAUCCAAAGGAAAUGAAAUCGGUAUGUCAACAAGAUAUCUGUGCUCUCCUUUCCAAUGCAGCAUUAGUAACAAGAGCCAAGAUACAGAAUCAAUCUAAGUGUCCAUUCACGGAUACACAGGUAAAGCAAAUGUUGUGUAUGCAUACAAUGGAAUACUAUUCAGCCUUUAAAAAGCAGCCUUUAAAAUGUGGAUGAACCCAGUGGAUAUUAUGUUACAUGAAAUAAGAUAAUUCUGACAGAGGGGCAGAGACAAAAUGGCAGACUGAAGCCAGCCUUCCACAGAGGCUCCCGUCCAGAAGGAGAGUUAAAGGACAGAAAUUUAGCAAGUAACCUGGUGGAUUUGAGCUGCACCAAGAGAGAAGGUUGAAGAACUCACAACAACCCCGCUGAGGCUAGCUAUGACCCCAAAGAUAUAACAAAAGGUACAAAAUCCAUCACCAAGCAGAAGGGAGUUCCCUCCCCCAUGAGGAUGGCUCGGAGUGCCCCACAAGCAAAAGAGCAGAGUUCAAAGGUCCUCCCACUAUACUCCAUGGGAGAGACCCUCUAAAAACUGGACCUGCCUCCCCUACUAGGGUGCCAUGGUGCUCCCCUGCCAGGCAUAAAACUGUAUAUAUUCUCUACCGGCAAUUUUGAGCUCUCAGCACUCCCCACCACUCUCACUCUGAGGUCUGGAGGCCUGUCCCCCAGGAGUCCAGAUUCUUGGGUGAUUUCUCAAGGGGUGUGGACAGGACCUGGACUGCAGCUGGUCGGUGCUGAUUCUGCAGCACAGGAGUGAGGAGAGGAUGGUCAGCUGAGAGGGAACCAUGCUGGAGCGGCAGUGCCCCGAGGUGCAGAGCAACAGCCGUUUUUUGGCAACAAUAGGGCUCACCCCUGGAUAUUCCAAAGUCACACCCCCGUCUCUCUGGGCAACCAGAGGAGGCUGGGCAUCUUCUCAGGUGGCAACUACCGUGGAACAGAUCCGGGAUGGAAAUGCAGGCCCCGUAAGUAAAGGGUUUUCCUGAGGUGGUACCAGCCUGGGUGGAGCGCGGGGACUAGAAAACGCACGUGAAGAGCUGGGAGAUUCCCAGGGUGGGCUGACCCAAAAGACCCCUUUACUGAGCCUAAGAUGCACACAGCCCCCAGGGGACCAUCAGCUUAAACAAAGGAGGGCAGGCAGAGGCUGGAUCUGACAGGUAACUGUGCUGCAAAUACAAACAGCUGAGACUGUGCAGCAGCACAGACAGGGCCUGAGGCACAGCUUCUGGGAACUCAAAACAGCUUCUCUUCUACAGGGGAAUUUAGCAGGGACAGAAACAAACCCCCGCAAAGUUGUUCUGUUCUGUCAGUAACAUCAAUCAGGGGCGGGGCUGAAACUGAGUGAACACCCCCCAGCCUCUAUCAAGUGCCUGAGGUUGUCAGGCCUCACCUCCCCCUGAUGGAUAGAGGCAGAGAGCAGCGGCCUGGCUGAGCAGACAGAUUUCCUUGUGAUUCAGGCAGGUGCAAACCCCUGAAGUAUCUGCUCAUUGGAGGCAACUGGGUCACAGCCCUGUAGGGUUAUCAGAUUCUGGGUGUGACAGAGGUGCAAGGUGGGGUAGGAGACAUCAACCUUCCCAGUCUAAUCUAUUUGCUGGCUGGGUCCUCCUGACUUCACGGAGCACCGGAGCAAGUCAUAUUUGAGUUGUCAGCAGACCCUUGCGAUCUAGUUGCCAGAGACCUUUUAAACUCUCCCACCUGAGACAGGUGCUGACUGAGACAAUUGAUUUGGACCUUUUGAACUGAGCCAUUCACCCGAGGACUAUCCAAGUGGUGCCCUGGGUGUGUGGUUGUAGGAAGGUUUGAUUUUCCUUUUCCAAUUGUUACCUUGGGGGUGGGGUGACUUAAUUGCUGGUAUUUCUCCACAGCUGAGACUUCAACCCAGAGUAACUGUUUCACUAGGGUUAGACAGAGACUAGCUGAAAACAAGACAGAGCCACUUAGCCCCACCACACCAAACAGGUCCCCAGUUUCUCAGGCCAUAGCACUGUAUGGGUCCUAGACAAAGCUGCAGGGGAAAAGUCAAACGGUGUAAAAUUAUCAUGGGGCAGAAUCAGCGGAAAAGCUCUGGUAACAUGAAUAACCAGAAUAGAUCAACUCCCCGCCCAAAGGAAAGAUAUGGCAGAUGUAACUGAAGAUCCUAUUCAUAAACAGCUGGCCAAGAUGUCAGAAAUCGAAUUCAGAAUUUGGAUUGCAAACAAAAUUAAAAGAAUGGAGGAAAAUUUGGAAUUAGAAAUUCGAGGAGCAAUUCAAAAGUCGGAAUUAGAAAUUCAAGGAGAAAUUCAAAAGUUGUCUAAAGAAUUUAACGAAUUUAAAGACAAAACCACCAAAGAUUUUGACACACUGAAGCAAGAAUUUGCAGCCCUCAAAGAUCUGAAAAAUACAGUAGAAUCCCUCAGUAACAGAGUGGAGCAAGCAGAAGAAAGGAUUUCUGACAUUGAAGACAAAGCCUUUGAACACUCCCAAACUCUCAAAGAGGAAGAGAAAUGGAGAGCAAAAACAGAUCAUUCUCUCAGAGACCUCUGGGAUAAUUCGAAGAAGGCUAAUAUCUGCCUCAUUGGAAUCCCUGAAAGUGAUGAAGUGGCUUCGCAAGGCACAGAGGCCCUUCUCCAUGAAAUUAUGAAAGAGAAUUUUCCAGACAUGCCAAGAGAUUCUGAAAUUCAGAUAGCAGACAGUUUCAGAACCCCAGAACGACUCAACCUGAAUAAGACAUCCCCCAGGCAUAUCAUAAUUAACUUCACUAAAGUUAAUAUGAAGGAGAAAAUUCUGAAAGCAGCCAGACAUAAGAAAUCCAUUACCUACAAAGGGAAGAAUAUUAGAAUGACUUCAGAUCUCUUUGCUGAAACUUUUCAAGCCAGAAGAGGAUGGUCAUCGACUUUUAAUCUAAAACAAAAUAACUUUCAACCCCAGAUCCUGUAUCCAGCUAAACUGAGUUUCCUUUAUGAUGGAGGAAUUAAAUACUUUAAUGACAUUCAUAUGUUGAAGAAAUUUGCCAUAACCAAAGCAGCUCUUCAGGAUAUUCUCAGACCUAUCCUCCAUAAUGACCAGCCCAAUCCUCUACCACAAAAGUACCACUUGAAUAUGUAAACCAAAUAUUAGCAGAAAUGAAGGGGAAAACAGACAAUAUAAUAAUAGUAGGUGACUUUACUUCCAACAGUGGAUAGAUCAUCCAGAUGGAAUAUAAAUAAGAAAAUAGUGGACUUGAGGCACAGAAUAUAGACUACGUGGGUUUACAAGACAGAACAUUCUAUAUAACAAUAGCAGAAUUUAUACGUGUUGUCAAGUGCACAUUGAAUAUCCUCCAGGAUAGAUCAUAUAUCAGGUCACAAAACAAGUCUUUCCAAAUUUAAGAAGCUUGAAUUAUAUCAAAUACCUUUUUUGACCACAGUGGUCUAAAACUAAAAAUCAAUAAUUGGAGCAAAAUUGGUAAAUUUAUUAAUAUGUGGAAAUUUAACAACACACCCCUGAAUAACCAAUGAAUGGAAGUGUAAUUGGGGCAUUGAAACCAGGUGAGAGCCAAACACUUGUGUGAGUGUUUAAAUUUAUUAAUAUGUGGAAAUUUAACAACACACCCCUGAAUAACCAAUGAAUGGAAGUGUAAUUGGGGCAUUGAAACCAGGCAAGAGCCAAACACUUGUGUGAGUCAAAGUUGUUCUUUAUUACCAAGAUUCAGAAUCCCAGGAAGACAAGAGAUCAUUCCCAAAGCCUGUCUUACUUUGAGAGAGUUUCACAGAGUUUUUAUGCCCUCCCCCAAAGUUACCAUCUUCAGCAAAGUUACUUACAUCAUCUGGCCCUCUGAUCUCUAGCCAUAGGACUCAUUGUCUGUCACGUUGCUAAUCUGUAUGCAUUUCACCUGUUUUUUUUUUUUUCUUUUGAGACAGUCUCACUAUGUCACCCUCUGUAGAGUGCCAUAAUGUCAGAGCUCACAGCAACCUCAAACUCUUGGGCUUAAGCAAUUCUCUUGCCUCAGCCUCCCAAGUAGCUGGGACUACAGGCGCUGGCCACAACACCUGGCUAUUUACUGUUGUAGUUGUCAUUGUUGUUUAGCUGGCCCAGACAGGGCUUGAACCUGCCAGCCUCAGUGUACGUGGCUGGCUCCGUAACCAAUGUGCUAUGGGCACCGAGCCUCACCUGUUGUUUUUUCUUCAUCCCAUGGUCAUCCUGACCUUCAUGGUGUUGGAACCAGGGGAGUACUGGUUGAUAUAAUUGAUAACUAGUUAGAAUUCACAGGUCCUCAAACUAGGGCUCACGGGCCACAUGCGGGAGUGUGAUUGUAUUUGUUCCCGUUUUGCAUUUUUAUUUCAAAAUAAGAUAUGUGCAGUGUGCAUAGUAAUUUGUUCAUAGUUUUUUUUUAAACUAUAGUCUGGCCCUCCAACAGUCUGAGGGACAGUGAACUGGCCCCCUGUUUAAAAAGUUUGAGGACCCUGAAAUUAGAUCAUUAAAUAACUUUUACAGCUACACGGAUGGGGUUUGAGGCCGUUUCUCCUCUUACAGAAGAAGAAAUCAAAAAGGAAAUAAAAAACUAUCUUGAGACAAGCGAAAAAGUAAACACAACAUACCAACUCUUAUGGGAUACAGAAAGCAGCUUGACGAAGGAAGUUUAUAGUAAUAAAUGUUUACAUUAAGAAAAAAAGAUUUUAAGUAAACAACCUAACUUUAUACAUCAAGGAACUAGAAAAUGAAGGAAAAUGUAAGCCCAAAAUUAGCAGAGGGAAGGAAAUAUAGAUCACAGCAGAAAUAAAUGGAAUACAGAUUUAAAAAAAAGCCAACAGAAAAGAUCGAUGAAACUAAGAGUUAUGUUUUUGGAAAAGAUUAAUAAAAUCCAUAAAAUUUUAGCUAAAAUGGGCAGUGCCUGUGGCUCAAGGAGUAGGGCACUGGCCCCAAAUGCCAGAGGUGGUGGUUUCAAACCCAGCCCCGGCCAAAAAAAAAAAAAAAAAUUUAGCUAAACUAAGAAAAGACUCAAAUAAGUAAUAAAAUUAUAAAUGAAAGAAGAAACAUGAAAACGUACCAUAGAAAUACAAAGAAUGAUAACACAACUGUGAACAAUCACGUGCCAACAAAUCAGAUAAACUGGAAGAAAUGAAUAAAUUCCUACCAAGACUGAAUCAUGAAAAAAAAGAUUGAAGAGAUUGAAUCGGUGACCAAACACCCUCCAACACAGAAAACCCAGAUUCUUAGGGCUUUGCUGGCGAAUUCCUCCAAACGUUUACCGAACAAUUAAUGCCAGUCCUUCUCAAACUCUUCCAAAGGUUUGCAAAGGCAAGGACGCUUUGAAACUUAGCGAGGCCAGCAUUACCCUGAUACCAAAGCCAGAGAAACACACUACAAGAAAAGGAAAAUACAGGCCAAUAUUCUGGAUGAAUAUAGAUGCAAAAAUUCUCACCAAAAUACUAGCAAACCCAAUGCAACAGUGCCAUGAACAAGUGGGUUUUAUCCCUGGUGGAGGUGACUUCCUUGAGGUUGCAGCCCCCUGUUGGUGUGGCCUGGAGGACAGCAUAGGGCCCAACAGAGCUGGGCUUUAGUUUCUUGGGAGAUCAGCCCAGCUGUCUGCCAGUCCCUUCCUGGGCCUCCAUCCAGCUUCCCCAGCUUGUAGUACUCACGGGGGUGAUAUUUCCACCAAAGCUCAGCCUCUUCCAGGGCUGAUGGCCUGGGGUAACUGGUGACCCCACUCAUGGUCAGGUGGCUGACCUCCUUUAGGUCCCUGGGAGGGGGUUUGGGUCCUGGGUCUCCAAGGAUGCUCUGCACAAUCCUCCCGCCCUCUGUUCCCCAUGAGACCCACAAUUCCCACAGGAGUUCCUGCAGCCAGACUGAGAGGGCAACACCCAGGUGUCCCCUGCAAAGUUCCCAGACUGGCCUAGUGGACAAGACCUGCUCUACCCAGGUGUGGGCCCAUCGUGGGUGGAGAAGUGAGGGAGCACCUGGAGUUUUCUAGGGUUAUGCGUGGGGUCUCCUACCCCUGGCAGCCAGUAUGAGAGCCCUGGAAGGUUGCAUGAUAACCCAGGUGUCUGGACAGUACUGGGGGUCUCAGACCCUGGCUGAGCUGGCCUCCAGCUUCAGCAGUUGCUGCUUCAUUCUUCCCUUGCAGCACCCCCAUGUGGGUUGGGGAUCUGUGCCCUGGCCUGGGGAUAGCCCUGAGCCGCCCUUUGCAUGCAGGAUAUCCUGCCAAAGCUCCUGACCCCCCCAUUGGAGAGUGACGGUGCCUGCAGCUGUGGACACAGUGCCCCAAGAUGAUUUAUAAAGCACUCCUGGCAGCCACCUAGCAAAGACUCAGCAUGGAGGGGUGGGAGGUGCCAUUUUCCUAGCACCAUACUGGCUUUGCUCACAGGCCAUGCUGGCUUUGCUCACAGCGUGAGGGAAGCGGCUGCUCUGCGGAGGAAUGGCUAUCCACCCAGGAGCGCCGGCAUUCUGGGCCUCCGCAGCUGCCUACUGUGCCAGGUGGGGGCCACAGCUGCUUAUUCCUGAGAAUGUUGGUGGCCACAUGUCCUACCACAUGUCACCUGCUCCUGCCUGUGGGUGUCAGGCAGGUCACCCACCUGCCUCUGGGAAAGGACCAUGUAUCCCUUCUGCUUGGCAGGGGAUACAAAACGUUCUGCCUUCAUGAAAUCUUGGGGGGUACUCUAGGUAGUUUUCCUUUAAGGUUCUAAUUGGAAAAACAAAAUCUUGGCAGUGUAAAAACUCAGUCUUUGAAAAUUGUUGUGGAAAUUUCUUUGGCCUGUGAAUUGCCUGGGCCUGGCACCUGUUGGCUGUGUUCUGCCUUAGUUUUCUCAUCUCUUCAGUGGGCAGCAGUCACUCCUGUCUCAUCUGAGACCACAAACAUAAGGCACUCAGCAUGCUGCCUGCCCCCCUAGGCCCUUGAAAGUGCUGGGUAUCACCUUCUGCUCCAUCAGCAGGGUGUCAGCAUGGUUCUUGUUUGGAUUGGCGUGUUGGUGUCUGCUGCUCCCUUUUGCAAGGCUGCAUGCAGAGCUUGGUGGAGAAGCCUCUUCCCCUAGUUCUCCCCUGUCCCACUCUGGACUCCUGCCCCCUCAGAGGGUGGCCUGAGGACACCUCCCUCUGUCCUGGGAGCCUGGCCAGCAAUAUGGGCCAAGGGCCAGCCGAACCCAGAGGAAAGAGUCUCAGAGCCUGUGUCUGCCACUCAGAUCUCCAGGCCUGAGGCUGGGGAGGGCUGUGGGCCUAGAGGAUCCCCUCACCCCUGAAUGAAGCGUCAACCAUGACUUUAAUUUGCAGCAGUUUUCUUCAAAGUGCAUGAAAAGCAGAGUGUAAUAAUACUCAGGGAAAAUUACAAAACUUCCAUGAAACUACAUUGCGGGGAUUCUAGCCUGUACUUCCUGGAUGGGGAAACUGAAUCUGCAAAGGGAGAGGUGAUGAGACCAGCCCAGGGUCACCCACGUUGGCAGUAGGAUCCUGUCUUGGCCUCCCCGGCCAGAGCUGUGACCUCCCAUACCAGGAAAGACAGUCUCUUCAUCUGUUUGUACCUGAGAGGGCGCCAGUGGCCCUGGUGGAGGACAGACCCUACAGUGCUGACACAGCUAGAACUAGGCCCCCAGCCACUGCCCCUUGUCCAAAGUUCAGGGUGAUUGUGCUGCCCGCUUGGAUUUUGAGAAUUUUGCAACAGCUGCUGCUUGUCUUUGAGUACAGGGCCAGGAGAGGUGUGGGCUGCCUGGCUGCUGCCCCAGACUGCGGUGACUGCUGUGUCUCCUGCCCAUGUACCCCCACACCCAGGGCUCCUAGGCAGACUCUGGCCAAGAUCUUUCUUCAUCUUCUCUAACCCAAUCUAUGGCUGGGCCAGGCUGAGCCACUGGAAGAGAAGCCAGGCUAGUCUCUCCUGACCCCCAUACCACCCCAGGGAGGUCUCAAACUGACAGAGCAAGCUUUCCUCAAGGGGCUCUGAGGAACAAGCUCCCCGGUGGUCUCUGCUCUCAGGGCGGCACAUGGGCAGGCCCUCCUCCUCUGAGCACCUCCCCUGGGAGGCCCUCCUGGGCUCCCUGCUCAGGAGCAGCCCCAUCACAGCCAGCCCGUGGCUGUGUGACCUUCCCCUGGAUCUGCCUGCUUCCUGGACCCUGAGCUCUGCAAGGGUCCCAGCCAUGUUCUGUACACAUUAGGUGCUCAGUAAAUGUAGAGGAAGACAGCGUGGUAACAAGACACAUGGCCCGAGUGCAAAAA